CGCGGACGUGGACACGCCCCUACAUCAUCCCGCAUCGCUAGCCGAGGGGCUCACGAUGGCUUCUCCCGCGUUCGAUCUGUGUUUCUUCGCGUUAAGGAUGCAAUCAUCUCCAGCCGGUCCUCCUACCGAAGCUACCCGCCUGCGCGAUGACGCUGGCGUGGGGAACAUGCCAUCGUCAACACCAUGAAAGGCUCAGCAUCGUAUCGUGACAUUGACGUCCGAACCGUACGACGUCGUCCACGCCGGCCCUUGCCUCGCACCAAGAUAUCCCGGUGCCUAGGUCUACUGGCGCGAGGUCACGUGACCACAUUCCCUCCGGCGCUUACGACCCCGAACGAUGUAGCGGACCUUGAUCACGGCACCACGGCUCUCUCGCUACGAUCCUGUGCAUCGAGCCUACAUCUCGAAACAAGGUCUCUGCCCGUCAAGUCGCUUGGUCGCCCGAAUCCGCUAGGCAACGACAAGAGGCGGCCCGAAUGCCGCUGGUUUCGACCAAUCUCCACAAAACCACCAUGCUUCGACAAACGAGCUGAGAGUACGAAGCUCCUCGAUCCGUUCUGCCAUAGGUGGUCCGCACCUCUCAAUAGAGACGCUCUCACCACAAUAGAAACAGCGUUUAUCGUCAGAGUUGUUUCGGUGCCUUCUGUAGCAAUACUUGCCAAGGUGGCCGCAUGAACACAAGCGGAUUGUCGUACAGGGAGGAAAUGUGUCGCCCUCCUCGGGCUUGCCGUAAACCCCUUGAAGCACAGAGCGGUACUCUUAUUUCAAUGGCGCGGUCCAUAACGGCGUGGAAAUGAAAGCGUAGAAAGCAACGGCGUGAGAACUAAUGGCGCAGGAAUUAACGGCGCAGAGA